AUGAUAAAGUCAGUCGGUGCUCUUGUGGCUGCUGAUGCCAGACUCCCACCCACAUUGCUCCCAGGGUUUCACAUGGCGGUUGAACACAGGGCUUUCUACGCCACGUUGUACUGCGUCUCUGCCUUGGUGCAUCUCAUACCCCGUCAUGCUUUCUUCUCCCCUCCCCUCCGCUCCCCCCGCAUGGGCGUCUCUCCCACUUUGCCUCCCCAGCUGCAAGACAACCUGCAAGACAACGUGGCGAAUCAGGGCGCUAUCAUCCUCGUGGUCAUCGCUGCCACGCGCGUCAAGGACUCGCUCAAGCUGCUGCGCUUGGCUCAUGACAUCGACCGCGAUGGAGCGCGCAGCAUAGGCGUGAUAACGCAGUUCGAUCGUGUCGUAACAGACAAGGCAGCCGCGAAGCUCGCAUUAGAACUCCUCCAGGGGCAGGGCGCGGCGAUGGCACAGGACUACCCGUGGGUGCCGGUGCUGGGGCAGCCCCUGGGGGACGCGGACACAGAUGCACCGAUGGACGAGGCGUGGGCGGGCGAGCAGAAGGCCCUGGCGAGUGUGAUGCGGGCGCUGGGCGUGAAGGGCAUGGAGGGGUCCAUGGGGCGAGAUGCGCUGCUGCGCAUGAUUGCCAGGACGAUGCGAAGGCAGAUGAAGGAGAAGAUUCCCCGGAUCAUGGCCGGCCUGGAGUCGCGGUCAGUGGACGUGGAGUCAGAGCUGCUGCGCCUGGGCGAGUCCCUCAUAUCCGACUUGCAGGGUUCCAGGGCCGUGGCUCUGGAGCUAUGCCGGGGCUUCGAGACGCGCUUCAUUGAACACCUGGAUGGCUGUGAGGGCGGAGGCUCUCAGAUGGUUGAAAAGUUUGUCGGGACGCUGCCCCUGCGAUUCCGAGGCCUGCCAUUGGACGAGAUGUUCAACUUUGACAACGUGAAAAAGGUGGUAGCAGAAGCGGACGGGUACCAGCCGUACGUCAUCUCCCCGGAGAAGGGUCUGCGUCUGCUGAUCAAGCGCAGCCUCAACCUGGCCAAGCAGCCGGGGCUGGACUGCGUGGAUGAGGUGCACAAAAUCCUGUUAGACAUCGUUGUUGCAGCAGCGUCCACGGCUCCAUCACUAGUCCGCUUCCCUCCCAUGAAGAAAGAGCUAGUGGCCAUUGCCUCAGCAGCCUUAGAUGAGUACAGGGCAGAGGCGAAGGUGAUGGUGACGGCGCUGGUGGACAUGGAGAGGGUCUUCAUCCCUGCGACGCACUUCAUAGAGGCGGAGUACAAGCGGCAGGAGACGCUGUUUAAAGAGAUGACGAAUGCGAGGAAGUCUGCAUCCAGAGCGGUGAGUGAGGGGAGAGGGGAGAGCUAUGAGGAAAGCAGGGUGCAUGGGGAGCUGGUGUCUUCUUGGGACUAG